UUUCCCUCGUUCGACGUUAGGUUGUAGUUCGGCAUUUGGGUUGUUGUUCAGAGCUCGUUUUAAUAUAUUUUUUUACGGAUUUUCAGAAAAUAAGAAGGAUGGCUGAACCGCUGAAGGCCUUUUUAGAAAACAAGCCGGCAGAAAAGGUGAAGAAAGAUGCGAAGCGGAUGUCUGUGGAGAGGAUCUAUCAGAAGAAGACCCAGUUGGAGCACAUUUUGCUCAGACCAGACUCCUACAUCGGCUCUGUAGAGCCUGUCACUCAGCAAAUGUGGGUGUACGAUGAGGGUGAUGGACUGAACUGCCGUGAUGUGACUUUUGUGCCUGGUCUUUACAAGAUUUUUGACGAGAUCCUCGUAAAUGCUGCUGACAAUAAGCAGAGGGAUAAAAACAUGUCCUGCAUCAAAGUCAACAUUGACGUUGAAAACAACACCAUCAGUAUUUGGAACAAUGGAAAAGGGAUCCCAGUGGUGGAGCACAAAGUUGAGAAGGUUUUUGUGCCGGCUCUCAUCUUUGGGCAGCUCCUUACUUCCAGUAACUACAACGAUGAUCAAAAGAAAGUCACUGGUGGACGUAAUGGAUACGGUGCUAAGCUCUGCAAUAUCUUCAGUACCAAGUUCUCAGUGGAGACUGCUUGUAAAGAGUCAAAGAAGGUUUUCAAGCAGACCUGGUAUGAUAACAUGGGCAGAGCAGGUGAUGCUAACAUCAAACCCUUUGAUGGGGAAGAGUACACUUGCAUCACCUUCAGACCAGAUCUGGCCAAGUUUAAGAUGACCGUCCUGGACAAAGAUACCGUGGCCCUGAUGACCAGGAGGGCAUACGACAUCGCUGGAUCCACAAAGGGGGUCAAGGUGUUCUUCAAUGGCAAGAGGCUGCCAAUUACAGGUUUUCGUAGCUACGUGGACAUGUAUGUGAAGGACAAGGUGGAUGAGCUGGGUGGUCCCCUCACUGUGAUUCACGAAGCUGUCAGUGAGCGCUGGGAAGUCUGCCUCACCAUGAGUGAGAAGGGCUUCCAGCAAGUCAGCUUUGUCAACAGUAUUGCUACAACAAAGGGAGGUCGACACAUCGACUAUGUGGCUGACCAGGUUGUCGGCAAGCUCAUAGAAGUGGUGAAGAAGAAGAAUAAAGCUGGUGUAGCUGUCAAACCUUUCCAGGUGAAGAACCACAUGUGGCUGUUUGUUAACUGCCUGAUCGAGAACCCCACCUUUGACUCUCAGACUAAAGAGAACAUGACAUUGCAGCAGAAAAGCUUUGGAUCCACUUGUCCUCUUAGUGACAAGUUCAUUAAACAGGCUACAUCCUGUGGGAUUGUGGAAAGCAUCAUGAACUGGGUAAAGUUCAAGGCUCAGUCUCAGCUCAACAAGAAAUGCUCAGCUGUGAAGCACACGAAAAUCAAAGGUGUGCCAAAGCUGGAUGAUGCUAAUGAUGCAGGUGGGAAAAACUCCAUUGGCUGCACACUGAUCCUCACUGAGGGAGACUCAGCCAAGACACUUGCUGUGUCUGGGCUGGGGGUGGUCGGAAGGGAUCGUUACGGUGUGUUCCCCCUCAGAGGCAAAAUGCUCAACGUCCGGGAGGCCUCACACAAACAGAUUAUGGAGAAUGCUGAAAUCAACAAUCUGAUCAAGGUCCUUGGUCUUCAGUACAAGAAGAACUACAGUGACUCAGAUUCCCUCAAAAGUCUACGCUAUGGCAAGAUCAUGAUCAUGACAGAUCAGGAUCAAGAUGGCUCCCACAUUAAGGGCUUGGUGAUCAACUUCAUCCAUCACAACUGGCCGUCACUGCUCCGCCAUAACUUUCUGGAAGAGUUCAUUACACCCAUCAUCAAGGCAUCUUUCAAGAAAACACAGCUGUCUUUCUACAGUAUCCCUGAGUUUGAAGCAUGGAAGGACAGCCAGGCCAACCACAAGUCCUGGAAAAUCAAAUACUACAAAGGUUUGGGAACCAGCACAUCGCAGGAAGCCAAGGAGUACUUCUCUGAUAUGCAGAGACACCGUAUCCCAUUCAAGUACUCUGGGCCUGAAGACGAUGAAGCUAUCACCCUUGCCUUUAGCAAAAAGAAAGUGGAGGAGAGAAAAGAGUGGCUGACAAACUUCAUGAACAACAGGCGCCAGCGCAGGGAGCACAGUCUUCCAGAGGACUACUUGUAUGGCAAGUCAACCAAGUUCCUGUCUUACAACGACUUUGUCAACAAGGAGCUUGUGCUUUUCUCCAACUCGGACAAUGAGAGGUCCAUUCCCUGCUUGGUGGAUGGGUUUAAACCAGGUCAGAGGAAGGUGCUGUUCUGUUGCUUUAAGAGGAAUGACAAACGUGAGGUGAAGGUUGCUCAGCUGGCUGGCUCAGUGGCUGAGAUGUCGGCAUACCACCAUGGGGAGAUGUCUCUGAUGAUGACAAUCAUUGGUUUAGCCCAGAACUUUGUGGGAAGCAACAACCUGAACAUGCUGCAGCCUCUGGGACAGUUUGGUACCAGGCUGCACGGCGGGAAGGACUCUGCCAGCCCUCGAUACAUCUUCACCAUGCUCAGCCCGUUGGCCCGUCUUGUUUUCCCACCGGUGGACGACAACCUUCUCAAGUACAACUUCGAUGAUAAUCAGCGCGUGGAGCCUGAGUGGUACAUGCCCAUCAUCCCUACCGUCCUGGUGAACGGCGCCGAAGGUAUCGGCACAGGCUGGGCCAGCAAGAUCCCCAACUAUGACAUCCGUGAGAUCAUCAACAACAUCCAUCGUAUGCUCAACGGCGAGGAGCCUCUGCCCAUGCUUCCAAACUACAAAGGCUUCAGAGGCACGAUUGAGCAGGUGAUGGACAACCAGUUCAUGAAUAACGGAGAGGUGGCAAUCAUUGAUUCAACAACCAUUGAAAUCUCUGAACUGCCCGUCAAAUCAUGGACACAGGCGUACAAGGAGAACGUGCUGGAGCCGAUGCUGAAUGGAACUGAGAAAGUUCCUCCUCUGAUCACUGACUACAAAGAUUAUCACACUGACACCACAGUGAGAUUUGUGGUCAAGAUGACUCCAGAGAAGCUGAGGGAGGCUGAGGCUGCCGGCCUCCAUAAAGUCUUCAAACUGCAGACCUCCCUCACCUGCAACUCGAUGGUUCUGUUUGACCACGUGGGCAGCCUGAAGAAGUAUGAGUCUGUGCAGGAUAUCCUCAGAGACUUCUUUGAGUUGAGGAUGAAGUACUACGUUCUGAGAAAGGACUGGCUGGUCGGCAUGCUCGGGGCAGAGAGCUCCAAACUCUCCAACCAGGCCCGCUUCAUCCUGGAGAAAAUUCAGGGAACCCUGGUCAUCGAGAACAAGCCUAAAAAGGAACUCAUUCAGAUGCUUCAGAAAAUGGGCUACGACUCAGACCCUGUCAAAGCUUGGAAACAGGCUCAAGAUAAGAAUGAGGAGGAGCUGGAGGACGAAGAGGAGGAAGGACAAGAAAAAGAGGACAGCAGCGGGCCCGACUACAACUACCUGCUGAGCAUGCCCAUGUGGUUCUUGACCAAAGAAAAGAAAGAGGAGCUCUGCAAACAGAGGGACGCUAAGAUGACAGAACUGAACACCUUGAAGAAAAAGGCUCCAGCAGACCUGUGGAAGGAAGACCUUGCUGCUUUCUCAGAAGAACUGGAGCGCGUUGAGGCAAAAGAAAAGGAGAAUGCUGCGAUGCCCAUGAAGGCAGCUGGGAAAGGCAAAGCCGUGAAGGUGAAACAGGAGACUUUGCCCACACCACAGGGCCGCCGUGUGAUUCCUCGCAUCACCAGCGCCAUGAAGGCUGAAGCUAACAGGAAGGCUGAUCUGAAGAAAGGAGAAGGCAAGAGGGGCAAGAAACCAAAGAAUGGAAGUGUAGUGGUGAACAUGGAGUUUAACGAGGAUGAGGAGAACAUAAAACCCAUUGAGGAAACGGGGUUGACCGCACGGCUGGGCAAGAAAGUCAAAAAAGAGAAAGUGGUUUCAAAGUCUGGCACACAGACUACUCUUCAGUUCAAGCCUGUUUCCAAGAAGCCGAAGAAGAAUCCUUGGUCGGACGAAGAGUCUGAAGGUUUGUCCGACAGUGAAAUGGAGGCAGAGGAAGUGGUUCACCCUCGGGAGCGGAUUGAACGCAAAACUAAAGCUCCGGUGAAGUACAGCCUGUCUGACAGUGAAGAUGAGUGUGAUGAUUUUGAGAAGAAGAGUGCUCCCAAAAGGAAAGCUGUAAUCAGUGACGACGAUGUAAGCUUUAUCCCAGAACCCACCACGGUGUCUGAACCAGAACCCAACACCAUACCCGACAGUGACGGGGACUCUCCAGCUCCGCCUCCCAAAGCUCUAAAACCCAAGAAAAUAGUGGCGAAGAGUAAAGCCGUUAAGCAAACCAAGUCCAGUUCAGCCCCGUCUGAUGAUCCUGCGCCCAAGGUUUCAGCUCAGCGUAAAACCAAAGAGGCUGCGCCAAAAAAAGCUGCUCCUGCCAAGAAAGUAGCUGUUUCCAAAAAGAAGGCAGCAGAUGUGAAGCAGCCUUCUAUCUUGGAUGCCCUCUCCAAAUCCAAAACUGCUGCCAAAAAGGUCCCUUCAUUUGACUCCAGUGACUCUGAGAGUGAUGGGAAAGUUCAGGUUUCAAAGGCCAAAUCUGUUUUGAAAAGGAAACAAGCAAUCAGCGACGAGUCAGACAGCGGUUCAGACAACCUCAUGUCUAGGCUCAAAGCCAAAACCACUGCCGGCAGCAAGAAAAACAAAUGGGACGAUGACAGCUUCCAGGUUUCUGAUGAAGAAACAGCAGCUGCCGUUGCACCGCGCAACAAACCCUCACGUGCCCGAAAACCCAUCACCUACAACCUGGACUCAGACUCAGAUGAGGACUUCUAAACUUUUUGUCUGAGCUGUUGUACAUUUUAAAACUUUUUUGGUGCUCAGAAUUUAGGUAAAAUGAKAUCACCUUUAUGAACGUCGCACACUGUUUGAAGGAAUUUUAGAGCUGCAGUUUGAGAGAAUUAAAAGGUUUCUUGUUUAAUACUGUUCUUAUACAAGUUUUAGUUCAAAAAUUAACCCGCAAGUUUUUAAAGUGAGGUUUGUAGUCCUGUUCUUUAUGUGUUGUAAAUAUUUCAAUGGUUUUUGUAUUCUACUCUAUAAAAAUAAAAUUGUCUUGGUGUUUGAAACAUAA